CUCGGGUGGACGGCCAUGCCGAGGCGUAGAGCCUCCGUCUGCAUCCGGCAGAGGACGCGGAGCCACCGUCCCUACCCGCCGUUCGUUCCCGGAGCUGACCUCCAAGGGGUUCCCCUCUCCAUGGAGAGCAGGAAGGCAUCUGUGGGAACCUGGAAGGCCGGCAGAGAGGCUCUGGUGACGUUUGAGGAUGUGGCUGUGGAUUUCACGCAGAAGGAAUGGAAGCUGCUGAGCCCUGCGCAGAGGACCCUGUACAGACAUGUGAUGCUGGAGAACUUCAGCCACCUGGAGUCGCUGGGAAUUCCCUGUUCUAAACCAGACCUCAUCACGUGGCUGGAGCAAGGGAAAGAGCCCUGGAGGGAAGAGAGGAGACACCGGCCAGGCCCCCGUCCAGCAGAAGCAAAGCCAGAAAUCCAUCUCUCUCCCUGCUGCCCACUGGCCUCCGCUCACAAUAUCCCCUUGAAGCACAUGAUUCACGACCAUUCUGCUCAGAUGUCUGCAGGUGUUUGUGCAACAAAUUAUCCACAGCUGAGGAAUCCUGGGCUGGAGCACCAGGAAGAAGAGCAGGAAGAACUCUCUCAUCAGAGUGACCAGAGUGAUAGGGGAGCAGGUCAAGAGAGAGAAGAAAACUCCCAGACCUUGUUGAGGAGGGGAAGUCAGAUGUCUGAGAUAAAUUCCAGCCCACACCCCACCCAGGCAGUAAGUCUGGGGCAAAGGAACUCAGUGGUGGAAAUAGAGGGUAGCCAAGCCCAGAGGGAAAACCCUAAAGAAACAGCUGAAGUUUUGAAAGGAAUAGAAAAUUCAGAAUGGGAAACGUUCAGAUGUGCAGAGUGUGGGCAACACUUUAAUCAGAAGACAAAGCUGCUUUGUCACAGAAAAGCACAUCAUGGACAGAAUCUUUUAACAUGCAGAGAAUGUGGACAGGACUUUACUGAUAAGUCAGCACUCUUCUUGCACCAGAGGACGCACCAAGGAGAGAGUCCAUAUAUGUGCAGGGAGGGUGGGCCAGACUUCAGCAUUAAGUCAAACCUCAUAACAUACCAGAGGACACACUCAGGGGAGAAGCAUUUUGUGUGCAAGGAGUGUGGGAAAGGCUUUACCAUGGGAUCAGCUUUGAUCUCCCACCAGCGGACACACUCAGGGGAGAAAUGUUUUGUGUGCAAGGAGUGCAGGCAAGGAUUUUCACAAAAAUCAAACCUCAGUAAUCAUUGGAAGACACACUCAGGGGAGAAGCCUUUUGUGUGCAAUGAGUGUAGGAAAGGCUUUACUCAUAAAUCAAACCUGAUGCACCACCAGAGGAGUCACUCAGGGGAGAAGCCUUUUGUGUGCAAUGAGUGUGGCAAACGCUUUUCCAAUAAAGAACACAUGACCCGCCACCAGUAUAAACACUCAGGGGAGAAGCCUUUUGUGUGCAAGGAUUGUGGGAAAGGCUUUACUCAUAAAUCAAACCUGAUGCGCCACCAGAGGAGUCACUCAGGGGAGAAGCCUUUUGUGUGCAAUGAAUGUGGCAAACGCUUUUCCCAUAAAGAACACAUGACCCGCCACCAGUAUAAACACUCAGGGGAGAAGCCUUUUGUGUGCAAGGAGUGUGGGAAAGGCUUUACCCAAAAAUCAAGCCUAGUCGCACACCAGUGGUCACACUCAGGGGAGAAGUCUUUUGUGUGCAAGGAGUGUGGAAAAGGCUUUACUCAUAAAUCAAACCUAAUGCGCCACCAGAGGACUCACUCAAGGGAGAAGCCUUUUGUGUGCCAGGAGUGUGGGAAAGGCUUUAAGUGUAGAUCAAUCCUGAUGCACCACCAGAAGACUCACUCAGGGGAGAAACCUUUUGUGUGCAAUGAGUGUGGGAAAGGCUUUAUCCGUAAAUCAACCCUGAUGCGCCACCACAGGACUCACUCAAGGGAGAAGCCUUUUGUGUGUAAGGAGUGUGGGAAAGGCUUUAUCCAUGAAUUAAACCUGAUGCACCACCAGAGGACACACUCGGGGGAGAAGCCUUUUGUGUGCAAGGAGUGUGGGAAAGGCUAUAUCCGUAAAUCAAACCUGAUGCGCCACCACAGGACUCACUCCGGGGAGAAGCCUUUUGUGUGCACGGAGUGUGGGAAAGGCUUUAUCCAUAAAUCAAUCCUGAUGGAGCACCACAGGACUCACUCAGGGGAGAAGGCUUUUGUGUGCACGGAGUGUGGGAAAGGCUUUACAUAUAAAUCAAACCUGACGUGCCACCAGAGGACUCACUCUGGGGAGAAGCCUUUUGUGUGCAAGGAGUGUGGGAAAGGCUUUUCCCGAAAAUCAGCCCUCAUAUGCCAUUUGAGUACACACUCAGGGGAGAAGCCUUUUGUGUGUAAGACGUGUGGGCAUGCCUGUAACCGAAAAUUAGGCCUGAUCUCCCAUGAGAGGACACACUCAGGAGAGAAACCUUUUGUGUGCAAAGAGUGUGGGCAAGGCUUUUCCCAUAAAUCAUCCCUGUACUCCCACCAGCGUACACAUUCAGGAGAGAAGCCAUUUGUGUGCAGGUAUUGUGGGCAGAGUUUCAGGUGGAAGCCCAGUCUCGUAAACCAUCAGAAUAAACACUUGGGGGUGAAGCCUUUUGUGUGUAGGUACUGCGGGCGAAAUUUCAGCAUGAAGUCAUAUCUCCUACGUCAUCUGAAGAAACACUCAGGGGAGAAGCCUUUUGUUUGCAAGGAGUGUGGAGAAGCCUUUGUCCGAAAAAAGUCCCUUAUCGCCCACCAGUGGAGACACUCGGGGAAGAAGCCAUUUUUGUGCAAGGACUGUGGGAAAGGCUUUGCCCACAAAUCAUCCCUGACAACCCAUAAGUCAAAACACUCAGGGGAGAAGCCUUUUGUGUGCAAGGAGUGUGGGAAAGGCUUUCUACACAAAUCAUCUCUUACCUACCAUCUGAGGAGACACUCGGGGCAGAAGGCUUUUGAGUGCAGGGAGUGUGGACAAGGGUUUUUAAAGAAAUCAUCUCUUACCUACCACCUGAGGAGACACUCGGGGGAGAAGCCUUUUGAGUGCAGGGAGUGUGGUGUAGGUUUUCUCCACAAGGUAUCCCUCAUCUACCACCAGCGGAAACACUCAGGGGAGGAACCUUUUGUGUGUAGUCAUUGUGGGCGAGGUUUUCAGAGUAAGUCUAAUCUCCAGAGACAUCAGAAGGUACACUCAGGGGAGAAGCCUUUUGUAUGAAGGGAGUGUGGCCAAGUCCCCAGUGCACACAUGGAGGAAAGGGCCAGUGUGUGGUGCAUGGAGAGGAACGUGAGCCAUAAUCACACGUGUGGGUGUCAGACGUUCCACUCAGCAGGGAAGCACUUGUGUGUAGCGUGUGGCCAAAGCAUUAGUUGAUGGCUGACUGUCUGCACCUCAGGGUCUGCCUAUGGUGGUCAGCCGUUCCCAUCCAGUAACUGCUGCUGUGCAAAGCUACAGCUGAGCCCGUGACCGCGCUCGCAGAAACAUCACGCAGGCUGAGGGGAUCCGCAGGGCUACCGAGACAUAAACUUGGUGAUGCUCCCUAUCCAUGAAAAUUAAGUCUCUGUGGUUCUGAGUAUUUAAGGCAGAUUCUGACACAAAACGUCCAGGUUUGAGAAGCAGACAGCAGGGGAGGGGAGGGAAUUACCCGAGAUCCUGGGGAAAUGUCUCUCUUGCAGAGUGGAUCUUGUGACUGACUGAGCAUCCCAUGGGCAGCUCUGAGCUGGUGAUGACAGCCCAGGGAUAAGGGCAGGGCUGUUGCUGACACACCCUCCCUGAGGUUACCCAGCAGCCCAUGACACUUCCACCAAACGCUCCAGUUGCGUCCCCUCACCCAGCCGGCCUCACCU